GCAUAAAAAACGGAAAACUCGAUGAAGCAAGAGCAAUUUUUGAUAAAAUUAUAACACCAGAUGUGUACUUAUGCACUAGGAUGUUAUCUGGGUAUUUGGAAAAUCGUAGAUUCGAUGAAGCAUUGGAACUGUUUGAUGAAAUCCCUGUGAAAGACAUAGUAACAUGGAAUUUAAUGAUGAAGGGGUGUUUCGAUUGUGGGGAAGUUGAGAUGGGUUUGACACUGUUUGAUGCAAUGCCUGAGAGGAAUGUGAUUUCCUGGACUACUUCGAUGAGCGGAUUGUUAAAAGUUGGACUAGUUGAAGAGGCUGAGAGGUUGUUUUUGGGGAUGCCUGUGAGGGAUGUAGCAGCAUGGAAUGCAAUGAUCUAUGGGUAUUUUGCAAAUGGAAGAGUGGACGAUGCGAUGAAGUUAUUCAAUAUGAUGCCUUCUAGGAAUGUCAUAUCAUGGACCUCGAUGAUUAGUGGGCUUGAUCAGCAUGGGAGGACUGAUGAGGCUCUGUUGAUGUUUGCAAAGAUGGUGGGGUUUGGGAUUGUGCCCUCUUCCAGUACUUUUUCCAGCGUAAUUACAGCUUGUGCAAAUAUGUUAGACUUAUAUCUAGGUGUUCAAGUGCAUGGGUACAUAUUGAAGUUGGGAUGCCUUUUUGAUGCAUAUGUCAGUGCUUCUCUUGUCACUUUUUAUGCUAAUUGCGAGAAAAUGGAUGAUUCUCUUAAAGUAUUUAAUGAGAAGCUGCACAUGAAUGUAGCUGUAUGGACAUCCCUUUUGACGGGAUAUGGUAUGAACAGCAUGUAUGAAGAGGCAUUGAAUGUUGUGGUGUCCAUGUACAGAAAUGGGGUUCUUCCAAAUCAAUCUUCUUUUACAAGUGCUUUAAAUUGUUGUUCUGAAAUGGAAGAUGUUGAUCAGGGUAAAGAAAUGCAUGGUGCAGCAGUCAAGCUUGGAUUGAACACUGAUGCUUUUGUGGGUAAUUCUCUAGCUGUAUUGUAUUCUAAAUGUGGAAAUUUAAAGGACGGGAUAGUCAUAUUCAAGGAGAUUUCAGACAAAAACAUAGUAUCAUGGAAUACCAUUAUUGUUGGAUGCGCACAACACGGAUGUGGUAAGUGGGCACUCACCUUUUUUGCCCAAAUGGUACGUGCACGAGUGUGCCCUGAUGAUAUUACAUUCACAGGUUUGCUCUCAGCUUGUAGCCAUAGUGGUAUGCUUCAGAAAGGAAGAUAUUUCUUUUAUUAUCUACGGCAACACAAAACCAUGGAGGUGAAGCUUGAGCACUAUGCUUGUAUGUUGGAUGUACUCUGCCGGUGUGGAGAAUUGGAAGAAGCAGAGAAUUUGAUAAGAAACAUGCCCAUGAGACCAAAUUUGUCAAUGUGGCUUUCUCUCCUAAAUGGUUGCAGGAAAGAUUGUAAUUUAGAUUUAGCUGAAAGAGUCGCAAAAGAUGUUUUCUCUUUAGAUCCAGAUUGUAGCUCUGCUUAUGUAUUAUUGUCCAACAUGUAUGCUUAUGCUGGUAGAUGGGAGGAUGUUGCAAGAACUAGGGUGCAAAUGAAAAAAAGGAGAACGAUUAAACAGCCUGGAUGCAGUUGGGUGACUCAAAAAGGUGUGCGACACAUAUUUGUGUCUGGUGAUAAGUCACAUCCUCUGAGCAGCAAAAUAUAUCAAAAGUUAGAGUGGUUAGGGGAAAAGUUGAAGGAGUAUGGGUAUGUCCCUGAUCGAAGGUUGGCUUUACAUGAUGUGGAGGAUGAACAAAAAGAAUCAAUCUUGUCAUAUCAUAGUGAGAGGCUUGCUAUUUGCUUUGCACUCAUUGACGGUGAGGAGAGAAGUGCUAUAACAGUAAUGAAGAAUCUACGUGUGUGUGAGGAUUGCCACUCUGCCAUCAAGGGACUACUGGUAGUAUGAUCAAGACAAGAUUAAGCUCCUCUCCAUACAAAUUACCUCCAGUUCUCCUAAGUAUAGGCUUUCAUUGUUGUUGACAUGUGUACUUUGCCAAUAUCAAUAGCUUAUGUGAUUUUUGGUUGGCCCUGAUAGUUAACUUUGGUUGGGUAGCUGUGGUUAAGGUUGCUUAGUAAAGUCUCCUUCUCUCCACGAUUAUCAUAUCACUGAAAAGCAUAUCAAAUUCCAAUUAGCUGAAGAUCAAUAGCAUCCUUUGACAUUUCCAUCCUAUUUUAAUACAUAAUUGAUUGGAAAAUGUGUAGGAAGACAGAUUGGCUUUUGGCCCUAAACUUUCACGUCUGACUAAAAAGCCAAGGUCACACAGGAUAAGAAGAAGAAGACAAAGAAGGAGAAAAAUAUGUCUCAAUUGAUUUCACCAAUAUAACAGGUAUAUCUCUUAUUUGUAGAAAGUUUAUUUGUUGUGGGCUUGUAAUUCAAAUGAAGAAGAAAAUAAGAUAGAAGAAUUUGAGGAUAGCAAUUCUGCCACAAUGUUUUAG